CUAUGGUGACGGUAUGUAGAAAAAAAAAAAAAACAUAAAUAAUAAUAAAAAAAAUAAAAUUAAAAUGUAAAAUUUUGGCCAAGAUUUAUGAUGAACGAUUAUUUAUUUGCAAAAUUGUAUAAGAAAAACAUUUUUUCAAAAUGUUUGGACUUUUUCAUUUAUAUAGAAAAAAAAAUAAAAAUCCCAGUGGUGAAUAAAUACCACGAAAAUAAAGUUUUAUCUGUCAAAAAAAAUGCUAAAAAAUUCAUACAGGUACAGUGUUGUAUGAUCGCGCAAUUGUCAUUCAAAGUGUGAUAGCACUGAAAGCUGAAAAAUUGGCCUGGACAGGAAGGGGGUGAAAGUGUCUGGACUUGAAGUG